AUGUCUAAAGCUUCAAAUGCAGAACGAAAAAGAAGGAGAUUUGAAGUGGAAUGGGAAGGUGUACAUGAUGAUCUACGGACUCGAGUGCUUAUGUCGGAAAACUAUCCAACUGCUCGCUAUCGCAUGCUACUUAUAUCGGCCAUACGAAAGGAUAUCUGCGAUGAGUUUAAGCAGUUACUCGAACUGCAAAUGAAGAUUAAAUUUGGUGAAUACGACGAUGCGAUCAAUUUUCUUAAUGAAGUGAUGCGGGAUAAUCGCGAUUUCAUCUACAAAGUUAUCGAAAUGGUUGCCGAUGAGUACACACAAAGAGGAGUGGAAGAUAUGGAAAGAUUCGGAUGCUUCUUUCAUCACUACGAAUUGGAUCAGUGUGUGGCACUGUUCAGAAAAGCGGCAGAUGCCAAUCCGAGUAAAGCUUGUCCGAUGCUGCUUGCUUUUUUAGCGAUGCGUCCUCAAGCAUUCAAUGCUGUUUCUGGAUUUCUUAUGGAAACGUUACGCAAAUCAUCGGAGCCUCCUCAUGGUCUGGUUGUAUUUGGGAAUUCGCUACUAACCAUGAAUUUUGGAAAUCUGAUGCCGGAUGAUAUUCUAUUUGUAUGUGACGCUAUACUACGUUCAGCGUUUCGCGACUCUGUCACCAACGUAGCCGGUGACAAUAGAGACACCAGAAAAAAAUGCGACCGUAUCGCUAACAAGUUCAUCGGGCUCACCUAUACGUUCUUCGCUGCUGUCAGCGCUAAACUGGGACUCCCUAUAUUUGGAGCGAAAGUUGAAAGAUCAGGCGUGUUGCUGGAGAAAUUAGUCGCAAAUCUACCGGAUAAAUGGUCACCACCCGUGAUGCAAGUGGUCGCAUACGCUCUGUGUAUUGCCAGAUUGAAAAUGCCGUCGCUUACGUUUAACUUGUUUCUGACCCUUUGGCUACCAUCGUUCAAAGGAACACGCCAAAAAGAACUAAAACUGGAGUUCGAGCCAAGCAAAAGUUUCAUAGGUCAUGGAGUUCUGAAUAAUGUUGCUACUUUAUGUUCCAAACUGUCACCAUCAUCUCCAGAAUUCCAGCAAUGCUCUCGUGUGGCAGGAGAAAUCGAGAUUUCGCAUUUGGUCUUACUAGCUUACCUUUACACUCGACAGUACGGGGAGUGCGUCGAAUUCACUUCAUCGCAACAAACAAAAGAUACCGAAGACAACCGUCAUCUUCUUGCAGCACAAUUCGCGGCCCAUUUCCAGCUCGGGAAUAUAAAGAAGACGUUGGAAUCUGCACUGAAUUUACUACCUGUUGUCAUCAAAAAUGAAUGGUUUUCAGUGGACCGUGCUGUUGUCGAUGGCGGAAUCAACAUGGAGACACCUUUCUGGUUCAUUCGAUACACUUCCGCUGGUCAUUGGCUUAUAAGUUUGCUAUUACGAACUCUUCGAUUGUUGUUAACGGAAACAAGCGAAGAUAUGUUGAUAUGCACACUGAUGGUGCUUUCACAAGUGGAUUUUGGUACCGUUGCGUUUACGACAUUCAAUGAGGCAAUUUCUAUAGCCGAGAACAAGAAAACCUUCAAAUGUGCCGGUAUCCUCGAUUUCGUCUCAAAUCCUGCAGUCAUUGACCGACUAGCAUUUUUAGCUUCAACACGACCAGAAUGUUUUUCUUCGGAAUCAAGUGAAAACAAAGAAAGCGAAAUUCUACAUGUGGUCGAGACGCGUCUAAAUGCUGUCAAUGAAAGCGAUAAAAUCAAGUCAUCUUUAUACUUUUUAGCAAAAGCAGGCAAUGAUCUUCUUAAGAUCAUCCAAACCUCAUAG